UGGUGACGAAUCUCGGGCGACCCAACGUGGGUCUGGCCGUGACGAUGGAGGCGGUUGAUGUUGCUGGAAUCGUGAGUGCUGCUCCGCAGCUCCUCAUUCGCGAGGAUCUGAUGGUGGUUAGCGGCGGCACGAAGUUCUUCGCCGCUAAUUAUAAAGAGACCAACAAUGAUGAUCUUUUCAUUUAUGACUGUAGUACUGCAAGCAAAAAACUUCAAGAAAAACAAGAAAGUGAGGAUGGAAAGCCACUAGGCAAAACAAAUAAUAUCCUUGCCUGUGCAUUUUCUUCAUCAGGGAAGUAUUUUGUUCUGACUGAUGACAACAAACAAUUAAUUCUUUUCUGCACAAAGCCUUCCUGGGAAUGUCUGAGCAUAAGACCUGUCAUGAGAAGAUGUACCUCCCUGAUAAUAACAUCUACAGAAGACAAAAUUUUGGUUGCUGACAAAUCUGGCGAUGUGUAUUCUUAUUCAAUAAUAGAACCAAAAAAUGCAGGAACAAUUGAGCUUGGACACUUGUCUCUUUUGUUGGAUUUGACAUUGAGUCCUGAUGACCAGUAUAUUGUAACAGCUGAUCGAGAUGAGAAGAUCCGAGUUAGUUUGACUAAAGCACCGCAUGUUAUAGUGUCCUUUUGCCUGGGUCAUAGAGAAUUUGUCAGCAGAAUAUUGGUACCACCAAACUUUUCUGAUCUUCUUUUAUCUGCUUCCGGGGAUGGUACAUUGAGGCUCUGGAAGUAUAAAAGUGGGAAAGAACUCCAUUGCUUUCAAUUGAAUAAUUUGAAUAUGAAUGAAGCUGGUAAGAAUAAGAAGAAAUAUGCAGUCUCAAGAAUAGCUUAUUGUUGUGAAGGAAAUUACAUUGCCGUUUUAUAUGAUUGUAUUCCUGCAGUAUCCAUCUUCCAGCUUGAUGCCGGUACUCAGAGCUUAAUUUCUAAACAGCAUAUAACCUUAAACCACAAAGGUUGGGACGUUGCAUUUGAGGAAACAGGUGGGGUCUGGGUACUGCAGGAGAAUCAGCAAAUACCUCUUCUAUUCUACCAGCCUGAGGAUGGACAGUGGCAGCCUAUUAUUGACAAGAAAGAAUUAGUGAAAAUGUCCAAGUACAUAUGUGACCAUUGGAGAAUAUUUGAAGGUGCUAUGGACAAAGAGAGCUGCUUCCAAAAUCUCUACAAGGCUUCUUUUGAUAAUAUGUCCAUUUAUCUAAAAAAGAAAGAAGAGAGACUUCAGCAGCAGAAAAAUAAGAGGAAAGAUCCACAGUGUGAAUCAAGUGAACAGACCAAAAAAGUCAGAACUGAAGACUUGUCCUGAUAAUACUCAAUGCUGAUCACAUUUCUGAGUUUGAAAGAAGCUGAACAGAAAACAAACUUUUCCUUAGGCAUAACUGAAAUUAAAUCUUGUCUGAUGGUUAGUGUCAGCAUACCUCACCCCUGACAAAUGGUGAAAGAACUAACCUGAUUAACAAGUCACAUCCCAGUGCCUUUAAGUAACUUGCUUCUAAAUGUAUGGCUUUAAAAUGUUGCUUGAAUGACAGUGUUGCAAAUAAUACCUAGAAAAGAAUUGUAACAAAGAACUUUCUCCUCCAAAUCCAGUUGCUCAGAUUUUCAUCCUGAGCCAAGAAUAUGCUUUCUCACAAUGUCAGAUAGACCCAAAUCAUUGCAUAGUGGCAAACUUCUACCCACCCAUUUUUUCCAGGAGUUGAGGCAAUAUAUACCGUAUACAGGUAGUCCUUGACUUAUCACUACAAUUGAGCCCAGAAUUUAUGUUGCUAAGUGAGAAAUUUGUUAAGUGAAUUUUGUCCCGUUUUACAACUUUUCUGGUCACAUUUGUUAAAUGAAUCAUUGCAGUUAAAUUAGUAACUCAGUUGUGACUGCCUUCCCCAUUGACUUUGUCAGAAUGUCACAAAAGAUGAUCACACGAUCCCAGGACACUGCAACCAUCGUAAAUAUGAACCAGCUAUCAAGCAUCCAAAUGUCAAUCACAUGGCCAUGGGGAUGCUACAACAGUCAUAAUGGUGCAUUGGUGGUUGUCACUUUUUUCAGUGCUGCUGUAACUCCAUGGUCAAGGAUUACCUGUAGUUAUAUAAGAAAAGCUGUCUUACUGCCAUAGUUCAUGGUCAAGCCCAAUUAUCCUUGGAAUUUUGUAUGUGAAGAUUUCAUUGAGUUCACUAGUAGAUAUGAUCUACUGAAUCAUAGAAUCUUAUCAGAAGGAAGCCCUUAAAAAUGUCUUAACUCCAGUUGUCUUUAGUGCAUUUAAAUAGGUAGAAACAAAUGAAGUGUUAAGAUAGUUUAUGGUAGCUAUACUAUUACAACUAAUGGUGCCGGCAACAAGCUUCAUUGAUGCAAACAUGCACUGUAUUUAUCACUUCAUGUCACAAAAUUGCCAUUAAGUACUGAUGUAAUAACAUCUAACACAAGAACAUAAGUGGCAGUAUUUGUGUCAUGAUUGGCACUGUAGUUAAGUUGACCUCUCUAACAAUAAAAAGGUAAAGUCCCUGUGGAUUUUACUCUGCUAGUUGUUGCUACCUACAGGGAGCGGUGCUUAUCUCCAUUUCAAGGCCAUUGAGCCAGUGCUGUCAAAGAUGUUUCUGCAGUCAUGUUGCCACAGAAUUAUUCAUUUUAACAGUAAAGGAGUAAUAAACAUUUAUGGAACAUCUAUUUUAGACUGUAUUCAACCAAAGUGAAGUUUUCAAUUUUUGUAGUCCAAAGCUUGCAAUUUGAUGUUAAUAACUGCAGUGUUUGAAUAGUGUUUGAUCAUCAUUAAAAUACCAGAUUUUGCUAUAUAUGUGAUAGCAAUUUGAAUGCACUUGAUCAGCAUCUUGUUUUGUGUAUUUAAAUCCCAAUUAGUUACAUGCAAAAUUAAGUGUAAAAUUUGGAUGAUUGUGGAUACUGCCCCCAUUUCCUUUCCAGUUAUUUUGCAUAAAGAAAAUAGCAAUUUGAAAUAUUUGUAUAGAUUUUGACCAUGCAGAAGACAAAGUCACAUGUUUUGAUGCUUGUCCAAUAGACAUAAUUUCUAUCCAUAUGAGACAGGUUCAAGAAAAUCCAUAUAUUUUUAAAAAUGUGAUGCUUAGGUAGGUAGUUUAGUAUAGCUAGUUUUGUCUGGAUUAGUUUUAUAGAUGCUAUUUCAGGAAUUUGUUUUUGGAAUGCAUGGGUGGUUAGUAGAAAGCGAGAAGAGCAUUGUGGAAAGCAUUACAUGUAAAUGGAUUGAUGCAGGAGUAGAUGGAAUUGGGAAGUUGUUCUGUUUCAGGUUGUGGUCACAAACAGACACAGUAAUCAGAACCUGAUAACAGCAGACAAUGUAAUUCAAAUGCCUACCAGAGAGUGCUUGCUUGUAAAAUGCUAAUUACAGUCAAAGAAGCAAUAGUGUAAUUCAAAUAUGUUCUAAGACUCACAAAAAGCCAAAUCAGGUUGUCAGCUGGUCUAAGAGUCAAAGGAUGACACAAACAGAAACAACAGCUAUAAACUAGGAUUUUAAAUAGUUGUUUCCAACAAAGGCUGCAAGCAAAGCAGCUACCCGGUCACAAUUCAAGGUGUUGGUUAUUACCUUUAAAGCACUACAUGGCUCAGGGCCAGGUUAUCUUCGAGACCACCUUCUACCGCAUAGCUCCCAGUGACUGGUAAGAUCCCACAGAGUUGGUCUCCUCUGGGUCCCGUCAGCUAAACAAUACCGGCUGGCAGGCCCGCAGGGGAGGGCCUUCUCUGUGGCUGCCCCAGCUCUCGAACCAGUUACCUCCUGAGGUCCAGACCAUCCCCACCCUAUUGGCCUUCCGAAAAGCGGUGAAGAGCUGGCUUUUCCGGCAGGCCUGGGACUGUUGAUCUCGCUUUGCGAUCUGACGAGAUCCGGCCAUGAAUGGUGUGAAUGGGUUUUACUGUCUUUAAGGUUUUUAAUUUUUAAGUGUUUUUAUAGUGAUUUUUUGAGUGUAUUGUGAGCCGCCCUGGGUCCUCGGAGAGGGGCGGCAUAUAAAUUGAAUAAAUAAAAUAAAUACCUAAAUAUGUCUGCAGACAUCCGGCUGCAAUUACUCAGCCCCUGCCCCAUAAGGGCCUUCACUGAGGAGUACUGCUCUGCUCUCUUGGUAUUUGUCUAGACCUGAAAGUUGUUCCUUAUCAUCUGAUUGGGUCCAGCUGAACAGUCUCAUUUGAAUUCUGAUUCCCCAAGGCUGACAAUCCUGAAGCACAGGCCCAGCUGGAUCAAAAUUGUUAGAUUCAAGAUCAAGAAUCAGAUUCUGAAUCAUGGCUCAGUACCUGAGGUGGUAAGAUAGAGGAAGAGAGAGAUUCAUAGCAGAGUGGAGAGACUGCUUAUGAGGUGCAGAGCUAGAAUUGGAAAGUGAAUAAUAAAGCUUUGGAUUGAGACAGAAGCAUUAGUAGCAGCUGAUGUAUUACCUUUUACAUAAACUUGUAAGAAUAUAGCUGUUAAUAACAGUAUGAGAUGAAUAAGCCAUAAUAGGGUGUAUCCCAUCUGUAAACAUUUGGUUGCUUAAUCUUCUCAUACAUUAUGUGGUAUCUCUAGACCUUUGGUGUACAAAGUUUUUUCUUUGCAUUUGCUCAUAGCAUAACAGUUCAUUGUAUAGAAGUAAUGAAUAUUUUUUUACUCUUCCUUUUGUAUUAACCCUGUAAUUAAACCAGGUGUGACCAUGUUAUAGUGAAAUGAACACCUGCGCAUUUAAUCAAGUAAUAUAUGGGCAGAAGAAGUAAAAAUGUACUUUUCCUUA